AUGGUGCUGCUGUUGAAUUUAGUCCUCGGCUCGAUGCUGCUCAGCGGUGGUGUUAUGAUUUACGCCCAGGCGCAGCAUCUUCUGGCCCAGGCCCUGUACCUGGGCGAUCCGAAUUCGUUCAACUCGACGCGGGAGGACUGCGUGUGGAAGCGAGGCAACGGGCAGGACGUCUGCCCGGACGAGGACAUCAGCAUCAUACUGUACACGUCCGGCAUCGUGAAGGAUAGAUUCAAGUUUGAUCAUCGGCUCCGGGACUGGUUGAACAACACCGAAUGGGACCACACGAAGGAGAACAUCAUUCUGAUACACGGUUACGCCGGUGGAGAUGAUACGCUGCCGAUUGCGGUUCUACGCGAUGCGUACAUUAACCACGGUGGGUACAACGUGUUUCUCGUCGACUGGGGUGCCCUCUGCCAGCCUCCGUGCUACGUGGCAGCCGUCUACAAUAUUCGGCCGGUGGCGACAUGCCUGGCGCAGUCUCUUAUGCAGCUGCGUGACCUGGGACUACCGGUGGAACGAACCACAUGCGUGGGACAUUCCCUUGGGGCGCACAUCUGCGGAUUGAUGGCCAACUAUCUGAACUUCCGGAUGGAACGAAUCAUUGCUCUGGAUCCUGCCAGACCCUUGAUAAAACCGGGAGGCGUUAACCGAUUGGAUCAGGGCGAUGCCAAGUACGUGCAGGUUAUCCACACCAACGCUGGACACUACGGCGAAGGUGGACGUGUGGGACACAUCGACUUCUGCGUGAAUGGAGGCAGAAGACAACCCUAUUGCGGCAACAGUACAAACGUUAACCUGUGUAGCCACAUCUGGGCUAUCUGCUACCUGGCACAAUCGCUGUACGAAGGUCACGAACCGAUGGCGGAACCGUGCAGUCGACGAUGCCCUUCUAAUGCAGUACUUCCGGGGAUCCGCGAGGGACGCCGAAGACGGUUUGGCUACGCGAUGGGCUACGCCAUCCCGAUGGGACUGAAAACACCACCAAACGCCGCCGGCUCGUACUGCAUAAAGGACAACUAUCCACCGUUCUGCCCGUCGACGCCCUCGAUGGUCGGGGAUCAGCGGUGUUGCAUAUGA